UCUUACAUUUACAACCAACUUUCGUCUUCUGAAAUGGAUUGGACUAGAGGCCAGACCAUUGGCCAUGGAUCCACUGCCGCUGUCUCCGUCGCUAAGUCACGUUUCUCCGAUGAGGUCUUUGCUGUCAAGUCAGUGGAGCUAUCCCAGUCGCAGUUAUUACAAAAGGAGCAGAAAAUUCUGUCCCAAUUGAGCUCCUCUUAUGUAGUUAGCUACAAGGGGUAUGAUGUUACAAAAGAGAAUGACAAACUCAUGUUUAAUCUUAUGAUGGAGUAUAUGCCGGAUGGUACACUUUCCGAUGAAAUUCGGAAACAGGGUGGUCGGAUCAAUGAGCCGUUGAUCGGGUAUUAUACGAAGCAAAUUUUAAAAGGACUAGAAUACCUACAUUCAGGUGGCAUAGCACAUUGUGAUAUUAAGGGGCAGAAUAUUUUGUUAGGUAAAACCGGUGCCAAAAUUGCUGAUUUUGGGUGUGCCAGGUGGAUUGAUCCGGCAGAGAGGGAUGGCGGCGCAGAGCCAAUUGGAGGAACACCGAUGUUCAUGGCACCAGAGGUGGCGCGUGGGGAAGAACAGGGGUGUCCUGCAGAUAUUUGGGGAUUGGGAUGUACAAUUAUUGAAAUGGUCACUGGUGGAUCACCAUGGACUAAUGUGACAAAUGCAGCUUCAUUGCUUUACAAAAUUGCAUUUUCAGGGCAAUCCCCUGAAAUCCCAAAAUUCUUGUCCUUACAAGCAAGGGAUUUCUUAAGCAAAUGCUUAAGAAGAGAUCCAAAAGAAAGAUGGAUAGCUAAACAACUCCUCAAACAUACAUUUCUUGAAGAAUUCAAUUUGAAUUCGAAUUCAAAUCAGAAUUUUGUGACGAGUUCUCCAACAAGCAUUCUUGAUCAAGACAUAUGGAAUUCCGUGGAGGAAUCAGAAACUACAAUAUUACAAACAGGUAGCUCUCCCCUGCAAAGGGUAAGAGAAUUGUGUUCGAAUUCAGGAGAAUUAAAUUGGAGAUGGAAUGAUGAUGAGAGAUGGAUCACAAUUAGAAGCAGCAACAGAUGAAACAAUUACAGUGAACAAACUCUUGCCGUACAAUACAGCAGAAGGCGAUGAAGAAAGUGACACAUUGAACCUCUUAAGAAUUCGAGGCAGAGAAUGGUUGUGAAUUCACUAUUGAGGGUCGACCCGAAUUCAGUGGAGAUAGGACCAUGAAAACUGACAUUUCUCCCUUCUCAUGACGAUUAACGAUCAUUUUUGAGUUUAACUAAUAUGCACUGAUAAUGUAAAUUGCAAAAUGCUUUCAUAUUUGUAUGACCAUUUGUG